GAAGUUUGUUUACUUUAUCGGUCACGUGAUCAAACGUUUCUGUCGUUCAGGAUACGAGGUCAUCCGAAAAAGUUACUAAAAACUCAUUUUUGGAGAAUUUUACAUAAUGGACCGAUUGGCAAACUGAGCAUGAUAUAUCGGUGAAUCCAUGGGCUGAGGAUAAUUCGAUUAUAUCCCGGAGUUAAUUGCUUAAGACCGAUUACAAUAAUUUUAACUCCACAUUAGGGAUCCAAGAUGGCGACCAUAAGUUUUGCAUGGCGAGAUCAACUUUCAGAGAUGGAAAAGAGUCUCAACGUAAUGAAGAAAUCGAAGAUGAUGAACUUUGCUGAUUUCAAGAGUAUGUUUGGGAUGAUUGAAAUUCACCAUAAAGAUAUAAAGUUGGCCCAUCUGACAGGAAAAUCAAAGGACCUUAUGGAACAAGCUUAUGAAGACACACAGUUCUUUUUCAUCCUCAUGAAGAUGUUGGGAGAAGUUUCUGAUGAUUGGUCUCCAGUCCAACAGAAACAGAACUUGCAGAAGGUCAAUAAAUGGUAUAUGGCGAAUAAACACAUCCUCCAUUGUCAGCCACAUUUUGGGAAAGAGCACCAACUGGAGAAGCGUAAACACAUCAUAGAAGAUGCUAAGAAACCUCCAACGUUCAAGUUCAAGAAAGAAAACAGACCAAUGAGUUCUAAGAAGAAGCCACAUGUGAAUAAUGAGGGCUAUGAGGUGGAGUCUAUCAAAUUUCUCGGGAAGGAUGGAAAAACUAGAGGGAGUCGCCCUUCAACAGCUAACUCUUCAAAAAAGAAGACACCUUUUAACAGUGAGAACAAUACCCCAAGCUCAAGUAGACCUGGGAGCUCAACCAGAAAAUCAGCAAUGAAACAAGAUGCCAAGCAGAAUAUCACACCAGCCACUGAGACUUCAAGGCCCAGUAGUGCAGCAUCAAGGCCUACUAGUGCUAGGCCUGGUGGUAUAGCAUCACGGCCUGGUAGUGGUGUCAUAAGGCCUGGUAGUAGCCUUAGAAGACUUGGAGACAUGGGAGUGCUACCCCAGGAAGCGGACAUCCCCCCUAACCCUGAAGAUUUGACCAUACAAAAGAUGAAACAAACUGUAUAUCCAUUAACUCACCUGAUCAAUCCUCAUACUAACCCUGAAGCCCUGGAAAUGGGAGAACAGGAGGGAGGGGGUUCAACUGAUGUAAGGUCUACUGAUGGAAGGUCAACUGAUGGAAGAUCAACUCCCAUGAGCAUAAAGAUACCAAGCUCUACUCCAGAUCCUGAAGAAACUCUCCCUGAGGGCGGAAGGAGUCGACCUUUAUCUGCGGCUGAGGUAAAGAAUGGCAAACUUCAACAAUGGGAAACAUUUAAGGGCUACUCCACACAUGGACAAGAGGUUUUAGCUAAACUGCAGCAUGCUGGGAGGAGCGGAACUCCACAUAGUAUACGAUAUGUUGCCCAUGACCAUGCCACUAGGCCAGAGCAUUACACAUUUGAAGUCCUCUCCGAUUAUGCUCAAUGGGACGAAAAAACUCAAAAAUUGAAAAACUACAUCGAUCCUAAAAUGCUGGUAAAGCAAAAUCUAGAAGAGUUUUACGAAAUGGCGGAGAACUACUACCCACCUAAUUUGCCACAAUUCCAGGGCCACACACGACCUAAUACAGCGCCAUCUAAAGGUGGAAGAAGUGUGUCAUUCUCUCCAGAGCAAACAAGGAGUCAAAGUGCUGUGUACCGAAAAAAACUUCCUGCCCAGAAGGUGUAUGAUGGAAAUGCUGAUGAGAAGGAGGUUGGGCUUGACACAGUUGUCACAAUUCUAGACUCUGUCACUGGGGACAUGGUUGGAGCAAAAGAAAAGGUGGCCCCAGAGCCUGCCCCAGGGUUCCGCAGUCCUAUGGUGAAGUUUGAUGUCACAACCCGGCCUCGCACUGCACCCCCAAGAGUAUGUACUUCUCCUGCAUCUAGUGAUGAAGAUGAAGACAGAAUGCAGCUUACUGACAGAGAUAUUCUAGCCUCCAGACAAAUCAACAUUACUCCACCCCAAAACUCAACCCAUGAUGCACGCACACCUCGAGAUGCCCCCACUAUGACAUCACCAGUGGUUCAGGCCAUUGAUUGGAGAGGACGAAUUGCACCUGAGAGUACAAGAUAUAAAUGGAAGGAAACAUCAUUUGGCCAUCAUACCUAUGUGAAAGAAAUGAAAAAGCAGCCAUCAACUCUUAGAACAGCUGGAGCUACACAUGCUGGAAAACGUCCGAAGACAGCGCCAGUGUCAGUCAGGGACAAGUGGAAGACAGAGAAGCCUAAUGAUGACAACCAGCCAAUACAUCAAGCUGCCAGCCAUCAAACAACUGAAAUCGACCCUGACACAGUCAAUGGUGACUUCAUGGUUCAGAAACUUGGCCGUGGGAAGAAUAAACGUCUUCAAAAAAGGAUGCAGUUCAUGGUGCCAUCUAGGCUAGAAGCAGAAAUGUGGAAAUACAUAGCAGCGCAGGAGAGCACACCAAAUCCUAUGCAGUUUCUGACAUUUUGUGCUCCUGCCUCGGUGCAAGGUAGCAGACCAGCUUCAAGAAUGACAGGUCCAAGACCAGACAGUGAAGUCAGCAGUCUACAGCAGCCCAGAGUACCGUACCAAACACCAGUGCCUUAUGAUGGUGCAAGUACUGAAGGCUCUAUCCCUCAUCUUAACCUGCCCAAUGGUAUGACCUUGAAUUCUGACUCAAGUGUUGAUCUUGAUGUUGCUGACCUCGGUGACCUAGAUGACCUUGACACUGACCGCACAGAAGCUGAUAAUCCAACCACUGGUGACAAUAUCUCUGCUGAUGUUUAUAAUGAAGAUGCUGAUGUCCCUCAGAGGGUAGAAACUCCUCCAAACACUGAACUCUCUUAUGAUGGCAAAGAAACCACUAACACUGAAGAAAAAUCAAUGAAAGAAGUAACAUUUGAACUUCCAUCAACUGGAAAUGAUAAUGUGGCUGACUUUGAUAUAAAUGAUCCUACAGGUGAUGACAAUGUUGAUAAUGAAAAAGAGGCAGGGGGCGAUAAUAAGAAUAGUGUUAACUUCAAGGAUAUGUUUCCUGUUAGAUCCAAAAAAGGAAAAUCUUCGCAGACAUUAUCGCAAUCUCCUUUGUGGAAUUUUGCACCUGACUUUCAAGCUCAUAAAAUCUCGAAGGAUAAAAUGCUCGGUCUGCACCCUAACCAAUCGCUUCUCAUUGCCAAGAGAAUCAGAGGAGAGCAUUGGAGUAAAGCAGUCCAAAUUCCUGAGAACUAUUGCGAUGGUUGUGUCCCACCUUCCAUAUCCCCUACCCCCAGGAGUGCCAGGUCCAGACCCUACAGCGGGACACCAACCAAAACGGCACAUCAUAUUCGAGAUGAGUCACAUCAUAAGCACAUUCAAGCACAUCACAAGGCGAUACAACAACAGCAAAGGAUGUUACAUCGUAAACAACACCAUCCAACCCGUGUCCUAUCUGCCCCUGUAAGAACUCGCCCCUCAAUCCCUAGUCCAAGUAAUCCAUACGGAGGCAGGUCCCCAAGACAUGGUAGUGCAUUUGCCCCUGAGCUAGAGCACCAUGCUAGGACAAUUAAAAGUCCAAGACAUUAUAUGGAGAAAGUUGUUGAUCUUCGUAGAAAGUUUGGGGAAGUGUACCACCCUCAUUCAGAAGAACAGGAUGACCCACCAGGGGACCUCACUGACUCGAUCACUGUGAGGAAAUUCUAUAAGAUGAAGCAACGUUCCCCAGCACAUAUAAACAAUGUUAUAGAAAACCCUGCAUUCACAUCAUACGUCUGGGAAUCUGAUGAAAAGUCCAGAAGAGUGACAUUUAAGAAUGAGGAUGAGGAUAACUUCGAGGGUGGUGAAAAUGAUUUCAUGAACAUGGAUGAAACAUAUGAUAAACACCCAAGUGACAGUGAAAAUGUGCCAAACAGUGAACAUGUGCCAAUUGGUGACCAUGUGCCAAAUAACAAUGAUGAUGGGGUGCCUGAGAACAAUGAUAACACAGCUAAGCUGGGUCAUAAUUAUUCUGGUGCCAUAUCAAAUGAGGAUGAAAAACAGGUGAAAAACAAUACCACUGGUGAUGAUGAAAAUACUUCCAGAGUAGAAAAUACUCGUAGAGUUGAAAAUACUCCUGAUGCUGAUUCUUGUGAAGAUCAGACAGCUGAUGUAAAUGCUAGUAUUAACCUGACACCAGUAGUAGAUAACACUAGUUUAGAUCUAGAUGUUCAGCAAGACACUGUUCAUACAGAUAGAACUGAUGAUACUGAGCAUCAUGCAAAUAGCCCUAAAUCACAGGAAAAUAGCCCUAAAGGCAGCACCAGUUUUCAAGAAAAUAGCCCCAUUGAAUCGCAUGUUAAUUUUACUGAAACACAAGCAGAUGAAUCAUUUGUCAGUAUACCUACAGCACAAUCCUCAUCAAGUAGCCUAGAAGCUUUAGAUACCAUAAAGAGUGAACCCAACGAGUUUGAAGCCUCUGGGAGUAAUCUAGCACGUAUUGGCAGACCAAUAGCACAAGUGUCUCAUAUACCAGACCCUGUGGAGGAGUUUGGGCAGGUGAAGAGGCAGAAGGAAGCGAAGGCCGCAGUAGAUAUUCAAAGGAUAUUUAGAGGUUAUGUGGCUAGAAACGUCUACAAAAAGCUACAGAGUGAAGAGCGUAUGAAGUUGGAGGAUGAGAGAGUCGCAGCAGUUCAAAUACAAAGACAUUUACGUGGCCACAUAUCAAGAAAAAGUGCCAUCUAUAAUCGGAAACCAGGCCAGGAAACAUUAGAAUGGGCUCGCGAUUUUAAAAAGUUUCAGAAACAACGGAAGUUGGAGCGUCAUGUGAAAAAUGAAAUAGUCAAGUUUGAAAACCAGAAAAAUCAUCAUAUAAGUCGCAGUAAGAUUAACAUCAUUGGGCCCCAUGUUGAUAUAUACCAGAACUUUAACCCUGUGAAGGAAGUGAUUGACAAGAAUAUCCUCAGGAAGGCUGCCAUUUGUAUACAGAGACAUGUUAGAGGAAUGCUUACGAGGAAGAAGUUUGAAAAAACUAAAAGAAAGGCGCUACAACAUGCCCCAUCAUGGUCAGAGUUCAUUAAGGACUACAAAGGACUCUUGACACGCAUACAGAAGCGCCACUAUGUCUCCCCUCUUAACAUUAAGACGCCUUUCAACCAUCAACAAGUCAACACCUUCAUGGACCUCAAGAAACGUUACGACUCUGUCUUUGAGAAGAAGGCAUUCGGAGGUCAACUGGAGGUGAAUGAUCUCCCAAGCUACUUCAAGGAAUGUGAUCUCUACCCAUCUAACACUGAGAUAGAAGAAGCCUAUGACAAAAUGUUCAAAGGUAAGAACAGAAAGGGCAAGGGACUUAUCCGCCAGGAAGUCUUGGAGCUGACGUUCACAAUUUAUGUACCUCCUGGCACUGGACUAACAGACACCCGUAAAUCAACAUGGAUGAACCCACUCAUUGAUGGCGAAGAGGGCAACAAACUCAGAGGUCAUGAAAGUGUUGAACCUGCCCCAUUGGGACCAUGCUUUGAUCUAGUGGCGGCAUCUAUGAAAGACCGUAAAGACCAAAAUGCUGCAAAACAACUUAAGGAAAAACAGAAGGUGGAAGCAGAGAAUGAGGAGAAACGAAGGGUGGAGAAGAAAGAACGACGUGAAAGUUUACAAAGUAUGGUUUCCAAAAGGUGAUAGCUUGAAGAACUAAACUGUGUUGUAGAAUUAUGUGACAAUUUACAGUGGAUGGUCUUCAAUGGAUUAAAGUAAUAAGUUCAUGGAGGAUUAGAGUUCAGAGAG